GCUCGGACGCGGGAGGAAGGAGGGCGAUAACUUCAUGUGACUGCUCCUUCCCCGAACGCCCUUCAGCAUCGGCUGCGGCUUGGGAGACACCACAUGGACCCGGCUCCCCGGAGAAAGCUCCGUCACUGACAAGACCCACAAGGAGCCCCCAGCACCGCCCGGGAAGGGUACAAUCCAGGACCAGUGACCUGUGAAACUUGCAUGUAAAGUCUGAACCAGCCUCAUACGGGAUCAAAGCCAUCGCCAUGGACUUCGUUAUGAAGCAAGCUCUGGGAGGGGCCACCAAGGACAUGGGGAAGAUGCUUGGUGGAGAUGAAGAGAAAGACCCUGAUGCAGCCAAGAAAGAGGAGGAACGCCAGGAAGCCCUUCGGCAGGAAGAGGAGGAGAGGAAAGCCAAGUAUGCCAAAAUGGAGGCUGAGCGGGAGGUCAUGAGACAAGGGAUCCGUGAUAAGUAUGGGAUCAAGAAGAAGGAGGAACGUGAGGCAGAGGCCCAGGCCGCAAUGGAAGCCAACUCUGAAGGCAGCCUUACGCGUCCUAAGAAGGCCAUUCCACCAGGUUGUGGUGAUGAAGAAGAGGAGGAGGAAGAGAGCAUCCUGGACACCGUCAUCAAAUACCUCCCUGGUCCUCUCCAGGAUAUGUUCAAGAAGUAAUUCCCCAUGGACUCUCAGACUGUUUCUACCACGAACAGCAAAGCAAUGCCGUUCCCACCACUUGGUGGGGACUCUCAAUCUCGCCACCUACCACGCACCCCUCUGCUCACUCCAUCUCCCUGCCCCCUCCCUCCCCUGGCUGCUCCAGGCCCCUUGGCCAGGCCUACUUGUACAUAGUCCCUCCUCCCCACUCUCCCCAGUAGAUGCCUCCCAUCCACCAGAUGUCAGGAGCAGAGUGCCGCAGUCUACUCAACUUUAAUUAUAAGCCAUAGUACUAGGUGUGUUAGGAAACUCAGCUAAUCAGGCACCUCUACACUCGACAGAGAAAAGGGGAGACCUCCCAGUGGCUUCUGGCCCCAGAAUAGGCAGCAUCAUAUUCCUGGAGAGCAAGCAGGGGCUGCUUUUAAUUAUCCAUGGGAUAUUUGCCAUGACCACCAACGCAACAACAAACCGGCCUUGGUCACACGGGGCUUCCCCACUCCCGUAGGUGUCUUCACCAUCGCUGCCCUCGCCCAGGGAAAGGGGAAUUUGUCUCUCUGUGCAGGGACUCUUUGGAAAGGCAAUCAUUUGAAAUGCAAAUUUCCCAUAGGAGGGCCAAGCCUUCCCAAAUUUUUCUUGUGUUAAUACCACUGCCACCCAGGUCUCAGAAUCCAGCCUAGGGUUAUUCCACAAGCAAGAGGAAAAGAGACUAUGCAAGGGAAUGACUAGGGAGGAGGGAGAAAAGGGGUUCUGGGGUGUUCCCUGAAGUUUGCUGGCUUUAUGUACAAAGCUUCUUAGAGCACCCUAGGAAGGGGUCAGGCUACCCUUUCUGCCUCCAUAUUAUGAUUCACACACACACAUGCACGCACACACACACACACACACACACACACACACACACACGCCCCUUGGGACAGAGACUGUGGAACUGUCCUCCCACUGUGGACCAUAUGAUAUUAUCUGAUCAUCAGUAUUAGCAUCUUGUGAGACAUUCCCCUGUUGCCCCAGUGCUUGGGACAAGGAUGGACUGUCUUUUUUGUUUUCUCAUACUCUCCUGUAGGGACAUGGAGGCACGGAGGUCAGGGGGCAACUGGUAUUAGCUAUUAGGAUCUCAGAAUAAGUAUGAAAGGCCAAAGUCUCAAUGCCACAUCUUUCUUCCUGGGCAUCACAGCCCCUGCAUGAAAGAUGGGGCUAUUAUUAGAAACAGGAGCUUAGAGCUCAUUGUUCUGAGACCCUACUGUUAUGGAAACCAAACUCAGGAAAGUAAGGAUGAAACUGACCCUAGAGAAAACUCCCUUCAGAGAGGAAGCCUACAUCGCCUAUCCUGCCCCUCCAGGGUAGAUUCAGGACUCAGGACCCUCUUCCUGAGCAGGGAAUGCCCUCCAAGACAGAGUUAGGACAUGAUGGGCAUCAUGGCCCCUGUCCUCCACCUCACAUUCUAGGAUCCACCACUUCUUCCCCAGUUUGUCUUUCAUUUUAAAUGGACUUUUCAGUUUUAACAAAUCAUCUAAAACUGUCUAUCUUUCCAUCAUCUGCCUUUCUAUUUACCCAUUAUCUAUCUGUACAUCAUCCAUCCAUCCAUCCAUCCAUCCACCAUUCAUCUCUGACUCUCUGUCACUCUCUGUCUUUCUGUCUCUUUCUAUGUCCUUUCUACUAGAGGGUUCUUUCCAUUCAUGCCUUAGGAUAUUUCAGGCUAGAAGAUUACUAUGAGAAAUCUCUCCAAACUAGGCAGGAAAAAUAGAUAUUUUUAGAGGGUAAGAUGGGGAGGUGACAGGUCACACCUUGGAUAUUUUCAAAUUUCUUUCUAAGGAGUGGGGAAGGGAGUGCUGUUCUGGAAGGCCUGUUUGAUAAUCUAUCUCUGAGAUCUCCACACAAGCUCUGGCUCCAAGGUUACAUCUCUAGACCAUUUUUCCUACUUUCCAUAUUCCUCCUCAUAGUCAUUGAGGGGUGGGUUGUACUCCCCAGGAGGCCCCCAUCAGACCAUGUGGCCUAGAGAAGUGAGAAUGGAGGAAGGGGAGAGGCUGCUAUUUGGGGGCCUAGAGUGAGGAUGCAUUAUUUCCAUUCAAACUCUCCGUUCUGGAUUGCUGAGGCCAAGAACGAUGAGAAGGUUGAAAUGAAUGGCCUGGGUAUGCAUUGGAAAUCUUUUCUCCAAAAAAUACUGAGCUCAAGAAUCACACUAUAGGGCCUCCUGGGGCUUAAAUGAUCACUGUGCCUUUUGGGACAACUUGUAGCUGGGAGAGGACCAUUUGUGCAGAAAAUAAAUCAUGAAAUCUA